GCUUCCACCCCAAGAGGCCCUGGAUCCUCACCAGCCUCCACAACGGGGUGAUCCAGCUCUGGGACUAUCGCAUGUGCACCCUGAUCGACAAGUUCGACGAGCACGACGGCCCCGUCCGAGGCAUCGACUUCCACAAGCAGCAGCCUCUCUUUGUCUCUGGAGGUGAUGAUUACAAAAUCAAGGUCUGGAAUUACAAACUACGUCGUUGCCUCUUCACCCUCCUGGGACACUUGGAUUACAUCAGAACCACCUUCUUCCACCAUGAAUAUCCCUGGAUCUUGAGUGCUUCUGAUGACCAGACCAUCCGUGUUUGGAACUGGCAAUCCAGGACUUGUGUUUGUGUGUUGACAGGACACAACCACUAUGUGAUGUGUGCCCAGUUCCACCCUUCAGAGGACCUGGUGGUCUCAGCCAGCCUGGAUCAGACUGUACGUGUGUGGGAUAUUUCAGGCCUAAGGAAGAAGAACCUGUCCCCUGGAGCUGUGGAAUCAGAUGUCAGAGGCAUCACAGGGGUGGAUUUGUUUGGGACAACGGACGCAGUGGUGAAGCACGUCCUCGAGGGCCACGACCGGGGGGUGAACUGGGCUGCCUUCCACCCCACCAUGCCCCUCAUCGUGUCGGGAGCCGAUGAUCGGCAGGUGAAGAUCUGGAGGAUGAACGAAUCCAAGGCCUGGGAGGUGGACACCUGCCGGGGACACUACAACAACGUCUCCUGCGCCGUCUUCCACCCACGGCAGGAGCUGAUCCUCAGCAACUCAGAGGACAAGAGCAUCCGUGUCUGGGAUAUGUCAAAACGCACUGGGGUCCAGACCUUCCGCCGUGAUCACGAUCGCUUUUGGGUGUUGGCUGCUCAUCCCAACCUCAACCUCUUUGCUGCAGGCCAUGAUGGGGGGAUGAUUGUCUUCAAGCUGGAGCGGGAGCGUCCGGCCUACGCUGUGCACGGGAACAUGCUGUACUAUGUGAAGGACCGUUUCCUACGCCAGCUGGACUUCAACAGCUCCAAGGAUGUUGCUGUCAUGCAGCUCAGGAGUGGCUCCAAGUUCCCUGUGUUCAACAUGUCCUACAACCCAGCUGAGAACGCUGUCCUGCUCUGCACACGAGCCAGCAACUUGGAGAACAGCACUUAUGACCUGUACACCAUUCCCAAGGAUGCAGACUCCCAGAAUCCAGAUGCCCCCGAGGGGAAACGCUCGUCGGGGCUCACAGCGGUUUGGGUGGCUCGGAACCGCUUCGCUGUCCUGGAUCGGAUGCACUCGAUCCUCAUCAAAAACCUGAAGAAUGAGAUCACCAAGAAGGUGCAGGUGCCAAACUGUGAUGAGAUUUUCUACGCGGGCACUGGGAACCUGCUGCUGAGGGAUGCAGACUCCAUCACCCUCUUCGACGUGCAGCAGAAGAGGACUCUGGCCUCAGUGAAGAUUGCCAAGGUCAAGUAUGUCAUCUGGUCGGCUGACAUGUCCCACGUGGCUCUGCUGGCAAAGCAUGCCAUCAUGAUCUGCAACAGGAAGCUGGAGUCCCUGUGCAACAUCCACGAGAACAUCCGUGUCAAGAGCGGCGCGUGGGACGAGAGUGGGGUUUUCAUCUACACCACCAGCAACCACAUCAAAUAUGCUGUCACCACGGGGGAUCAUGGAAUCAUCCGUACCCUGGACCUGCCCAUCUAUGUCACCCGCGUGAAGGGGAACAACGUUUACUGCCUGGACAGGGAGUGCAGGCCCAGAGUCCUCACCAUCGACCCCACAGAGUUCAAGUUCAAGCUGGCUUUGAUCAACAGAAAGUAUGAUGAGGUGCUGCACAUGGUGAGGAAUGCCAAGCUGGUGGGCCAGUCCAUCAUUGCCUACCUGCAGAAGAAGGGCUACCCAGAGGUGGCCCUGCACUUUGUCAAGGAUGAGAAGACCCGUUUCAGCCUGGCUCUGGAGUGUGGCAACAUCGAGAUUGCUCUGGAAGCAGCCAAAGCUCUGGAUGACAAGAACUGCUGGGAGAAACUGGGAGAAGUGGCUUUGCUGCAGGGCAACCAUCAGAUCGUGGAGAUGUGCUACCAGCGCACCAAGAACUUUGACAGACUCUCCUUCCUCUACCUCAUCACUGGCAACCUGGAGAAGCUGAGGAAGAUGAUGAAGAUUGCUGAGAUCCGUAAGGACAUGAGUGGCCACUACCAGAAUGCCUUGUACCUGGGGGAUGUGGCAGAGAGAGUGAGGAUCCUCAAGAACUGUGGACAAAAGUCCCUGGCCUAUCUCACAGCUGCAACUCAUGGUCUGGAUGAAGAAGCUGAAAGCCUGAAGGAAACCUUUGAUCCUGAGAAGGAAACGAUUCCAGACAUUGAUCCCAAAGCAAGGCUGCUGCAGCCUCCUGCUCCUGUCAUGCCUCUGGACACCAACUGGCCAUUGUUGACUGUCUCCAAGGGCUUCUUUGAAGGAACAAUUGCCAGCAAAGGGAACGGAGGUGCCUUGGCUGCUGAUAUUGACAUUGACACUGUUGGCACUGAAGGCUGGGGAGAAGAUGCAGAGUUGCAGCUGGAUGAAGAUGGCUUUGUGGAUGCUGGAGAGGGCUUUGGAGAGGAAGGUCUAGGGAAAGGACAGGAAGAAGGAGGUGGAUGGGAAGUGGAAGAAGAUUUGGAUCUUCCCCCUGAACUGGAUGUUCCUGCUGGCCCAGCAGGAGCAGCAGAGGAUGGAUUCUUUGUGCCACCCACCAAGGGCACCAGCCCAGCUCAGGUGUGGUGCAACAAUUCCCAGCUUCCUGUUGACCACAUUCUGGCAGGCUCCUUUGAGACAGCCAUGAGGCUCCUCCAUGACCAGGUAGGAGUGACAAACUUUGGACCCUACAAGCAGCUGUUCCUGCAGACCUAUGCCCGUGGCAGAACAACCUACCAGGCCCUGCCAUGUCUGCCUUCCAUGUAUGGGUUCCCACACCGCAACUGGAAAGAAGCUGGCUUGAAGAAUGCCCUCCCUGCUGUUGGGCUGAAGCUGAACGACCUGAUCCAGCGCCUGCAGCUCUGCUACCAGCUCACCACGGCCGGCAAGUUCGAGGAGGCUGUGGAGAAGUUCCGCUCCAUCCUGCUUAGUGUCCCCCUGCUGGUGGUGGACAACAAGCAGGAGAUUGCUGAGGCCCAGCAGCUCAUUGCCAUCUGCAGGGAGUACAUUGUGGGCCUCUCCAUGGAGAUCGAGAGGAAGAAGCUGCCCAAGGAGACUCUGGAGCAGCAGAAACGAAUCUGUGAGAUGGCUGCCUACUUCACCCACUCCAACCUGCAGCCCGUCCACAUGAUCCUGGUGCUGCGAACUGCCCUCAACCUCUUCUUCAAGCUCAAAAACUUCAAGACAGCUGCUACUUUUGCCCGUCGGCUGCUGGAGCUGGGCCCAAAGCCUGAGGUGGCCCAGCAGACUCGUAAGAUCUUGUCAGCCUGUGAGAAGAACCCCACGGACACCUACCAGCUCAACUAUGACAUGCACAACCCCUUUGACAUCUGUGCUGCCUCCUACCGACCCAUCUACCGUGGCAAACCCGUGGAGAAGUGUCCCCUCAGUGGAGCCUGCUACUGCCCCGAGUUCCACGGGCAGAUCUGCCGUGUCACCACAGUGACAGAGAUUGGCAAGGAUGUCCUGGGGCUGCGAAUCAGCCCCCUCCAGUUCCGCUAGGGCCUGGCCCAGGGAGGUGGGCUCAGAGGGUCUCAUGCCACAGCACAUUUUGGAAACCUCCCUCUCCCACCACCCCAGCUUUUAGUCUAGUCUCUCCACCAUAGCUGUGCCUGUGCUGUGUCUCACCUGCUCUUCCCCUCCCAGGAAUCC